AGCAAGAGGGUCUAAAAGAAACUUAAGUGAGCCCAUCUCGCACGUCACAACAAUUACAAGUAUUUAGGGUUUAUUGGAAGGGUUUUUUCAUGUUAAGGUAAACAACUGCUGCUUUUGGUUCCAGUUCAGCCCUAGCAGAAAUAUAAAGAGCUCAAAAAAUGGAUAAAAGCAUGUUAGGUGAUUUGGAUAAUCUUCCUGAAGCAGACAAGCUUAAAAUGGCUUCUAUGAUUGACCAGCUCCAAAUCCGUGACAGCUUGAGAAUGUAUAAUUCCCUGGUGGAAAGAUGUUUCACGGGCUGUGUAGACACUUUCAAACGUAAAACAUUAGACAAACAAGAGGAGACCUGUAUUACGCGAUGUGCUGAGAAGUUCUUGAAGCAUUCAAUGCGUGUUGGUAUGAGGUUCGCAGAGCUUAACCAAGGUGCAGCAACACAAGAUUAAGAUGAUUCCUAUUAUAUGCAUGCAAUCCACCUUCUCCAUUACCUGAAGUAUUUAUCUUCUUUAAAGAGUUUCUUGACAAGGAAAAGGAGUAGAAGUUCCUAACACAGCCUUUAUUUUUUAUAUUUAACACAUUUCCUAGCAAAGAGGUAUUACUAAAAUGUUCAUUUGUUUCUCAAAUCCAGGAAUUCUGGAGUUAGAACGAGUUUUUAGUAAACUUGAAUUUAGUCUUGUGUCUAUAUUGAAGAGUACUUGCGAAUUGCGAUCAAAAUUGCAUUCUUUUUGUGGCUGUGUUUGAGAAAAUAAUGUGGUAAUGGCUACUCAGAGACCUUUGUUCCUU